GGAAGCCAGUAGUGAGAGACGGGGCAAGCUGCCCUUGGCCCACCUCCAACAAAUAGGAGCAACAUGAAUUCGUGGGAGCUUUUUUUCAAGGUUUUACAAGUGGUAACCUUAGGCGCCAUCUCCUGCUUUAUUCUGUGGGUGAUAGAACGUCAUCACCAGCACGGCUUCUUCAAGCGACUCGGAGUACCUGGCCCCAAGCCCGACCUCUUCUGGGGAAACUGGACGCAGCUCAAGAGGGAUCGUAUACAGGUGAUGCAAGAGUGGAUCACUAAGUACGGGAAAGUGUUCGGAAUCUACAUGGGUGACAAACCACACAUGGUCAUCACCGACACCGACAUGAUCAAGGAGUGCUUCGUCAAGCCAUCGAAGAUUUUUCAGGACAGACCCAUGUUCUUCAUCGACGCCGAACCAUUUUCUAGUGCGCUUACAUUCUUAAAAGGUGACAAGUGGCGAGAACUGAGAUCGCUCUUCAACAUGUGUUUCACGACUAGCAAAGUCAAGGAUCUCUUCAGCGCUGUCGAUGCGUGCACGACUGAGUUCGUUAACAAGAUGGACGCCCUCUGCCGAAACGGCGAGCCUAUCAACGUGUAUCAUCAUGCGCACUGCCUUACCCUAGACACCCUGGCGAAGACGGUGCUGUCAUGGCAGGUGAACUUCCAAAUGGACGAGGACAACCCCACCGUCACUCGACUUUGCACAGUGUUCCAGCAAAUGGACGACACCGCGAUCGAGAGCGUGUUUGCCUUUCCGUUACUGCGCGCCGCACUCCGAUGCGUCUAUCCGUUCACAGACUUCUGCAAGAGCAUGGAGAAAAUCUCGAAGGACGUGCUCGAAGUUCUUAACUGGCGAAAGAGUCCCAGUGCACCUCGAAAGAAAGAUGUGCUUCAGAACCUGAUCGACCUCCAAACGACAGACGAAGGUGCCACGGAAAAAACGAGACGGUAUGCCCGUUCCCUCAACGAAAGCACUCUGCUGGCUAACCUGAUCAUGCUGUUAGCUGUCGGCUUCGAUAGCACCUCUUCUUCGUUGGCCUUCUUGCUCUAUUUGUUAGCGAAACACCCCGAAGAACAAGAGAAGAUUCGCGCCGAGGUGUUGGCCAAAACAAAAAGCUUGGAAGUUGUGAAAGGAGAUAGUGACAACAAGGACCACAAGCAGGCACCAGAACAGCCGCCAGAUAUAAUUAAAAUGCUUCCCGAAAAGGAACCUCCUCAUAGACAAGAAACGCAUAAAACACACAGAAGAACGUCGAGUCAAAUAGAUCCCAGAGCAAUUGACAAAACACGGCCAGACGACAAGGUCACGGGACACUGUAAUAAAGCUCAAGAAAGGCCCUUCAACUUCGAUCUCGAAGCAGACGACAUAUUGAGCCUCGAACGUCUGGAUUUGGUGGUACGCGAAGGGCUGCGCCUCUACCCCGCCCUGCCUGUAAUGAUCCUGCGCGAAUGUGCCCAGGACACCACAGUUUCGGGUCAGUUCAUUCCUCGCGGGACAACGCUUGUCGCCCCACCGUGGCACAUUCACAGAGACCCAAACAUAUGGCAGAAUCCCGACGAGUUCAUUCCCGACAGGUUUGCAAAUCAGAGCGUGCAAUCAUCUACUUAUUUUCCCUUUGGUCUCGGAUCCCACGUUUGCCUCGGCCAGAGGCUAGCUAUGUUGACGAUGAAGACAGUUCUGUACAAAACGAUCUACAAGUUUGAGCUGAGCCUAAACGCGGAAGAUUCAGGUCCUUUGAAAUUGAAAGUACCGGGACUGUUGCUGAAUCCUGUUGGUGCAUUGCACGUGAAUUUUAGGCCUAGGUCAGCUACAUGCGGCAGGUCGCUCUAAAUCGAACAAG